AUGCAGAAAUUCUACAGCGACCACAAUUUUCUUCGUCUCCUCUCCACCGAGGCAGGUCGACGACUCUCUAUUCUCCAGCUGGCGGUAGCCCUGGUUCAGGGGCUCGAGAGCGCGUUUAGGCCCUUCUCCAACCUCAGCCUCGACAACCUCACUGGUCCACGCCGCGCCAUGGUCUCUGAUCAUCUGGUCUCAUGGGGUUUCGACGGCAUCAGGAUCGCCGGGUGGCGGUCCCGAAUCUUGACAGCACUACUAUGCAACGAAAAGAGAAAGAUGUUGGUCAUUCAGCUUGCGAUUUCUGGUUGCUCACUUGCUCAGCCUCAGUUGCAGAAACACGGGAGGCAUCAGCAAGCGCGGAGAGCCCUGGCAGACGUGCAGGAGUGUUCGGAUUGUUCUUUUAUCGUCAACGAUGGAGAGACGGGGAACAUACUUAAGAUGGCGGAUUACUUUGACAGUACUUCAUUCUCUUCUUACUCUCAUUAUUACAUCAUGGUUCGCUUCUCCCUUGCCGCAGCAUUCUUCGCUGCUUCUUCCCUUGCAAUUCCCAGUCCCUUGACACCAGACCCAUCUGGUGAUAAGAACGUCGGCAAUGGCAACGGCGUCCAGUUCAUCGGCGGCGCUUGCCUCAACAGUAAAGACUGCGCCUCAACCUGCUGCGCGACUCUAAACGGCGCCGGCAUCUGCUCUGGACUUGGAGCCCAGUUCCAGGCAGGCAAAACAGGAUGCGGCUUCGGUGAUGGUGGUGCUGCUGCAGCACCCGCCGCGUCCCAGGGAGCAGGCCAGGCCGCUCCGUCCAUGGAAGCCGCCGCCGGAAGCGGAGGCGGCGCAGGAUCAGGCACAUCUUCGAACGUCGGCGCCGGUAACGGCCAACAGUUCAUCACGGGGCAAUGUCUGUCUGAUGCGGAUUGCGCCUCGGGGUGCUGUAACGGCCCCAAGGGUGCUUGUGCCGCCAGAGCCGUCGCAACGGAGAAUGGCAAGGCAGGCUGCGGCUUUACGGGUACGGGAGCGGGUGCCGCCACUGGCUCUACUGGAGGCGGCGCGGCGGCUGAGGCUGCCGCUCCGCCCCAAGCUGCUCCGUCCGCAGGUACAAGUGCAGGUUCUGGCGCUGGUACUGGCACCUCUGGUGCUCCUGGCUCACAGAAUGUUGGCAAAGGGAAUGGUCAGCAGUUCAUCACGGGCCAGUGUCUCUCGAACGCGGACUGUGCUUCCGGGUGCUGUGCCGGGCCCAAGGGAGUUUGCUCGGCGACGGCGGUUGCUAAUGAGAGUGGGAAAACUGGAUGUGGAUUUACGGCGGCAUGA